AUGAAUGCCGAAAUCGCGGCCGGAAAACCAACCGCCCGUCCGUUACGUAGCGUGGGAGCCGCGAGCUCAACCCCGAAGCAAGCGACAGUCUUGCCCCGUGAAUACGACACGGACGACGAAUACAUUGAGAAGGAUUCGGACGAUGAGGACGAUGCUGCCGGCUCCGAUCGCGACGAUGCCGUUGCCGCCUGGCACGGCAUCGCUGAAUACAACGGCCCUGAUCAGGACGAUGCAACAGCUGCUCAAGCCGAUCACGAUCAAUCUGCGGCUGCCUCGCGCCCUGACGGGAAGCGGAAGGGAAAGUCUGCAGUGCGCAGCCCUGCUAAGGUGAACAGCAGCCCGGGGCCUGGCGCUCGUAUUGAGUGGACGCUGAAGGAGUCGACCAUCCUAGUUGCAGCUCGCUGGUUCACGAAGGACGAGCUGCAGCAGAUGACUGGGAAGCAAGGCUCCCAAUAUUGGCUGCGUCUCUGCGAGCACAUUAAGCUCCAGCACCCCGAUUGGAGCCGCAACGCUACCGCGUGCACCAACCAGUGGAAACGGUUGAAGGCCUUGUGGAAGCAGGUGACGAAGGGGGACUCUGCGUCGGGUGGGGCAACUGUCAUCAAGCCCGCGAAAACCGACGCUACGACUACAACAUGCCGCGGCACACCCCCGAGCGCAAAACGUCGCAUCAACGAGACAGCAACUAUGGCGGCUGCUCAACUUUUGGCCGACACUCUCACGCGAUGCUCAGAGGAGGGCGUCUCCCAGAUCACUGGGGUAAUCCGGGAGUGGAUGGCAAGCCAGCAGUCUCAAACUAGUCGCUCGCUUCACUUCUCCCGCGGACGUGCUGGCGGUGACAACGCAUGGCCGGACGCAGACAAUGCCACGCUCAGCGACGAGGUUGAGGAGUGGCGGUGCUGA